AUGCGAAAGCCAGACCUCCUUGCCUUGCUUGCUGCCCUGUCGCUGGCUAGAGGAUCUGCUGGGAAUGGGUCUGAAAAUGAUGGUUCAGGAGAUGGAUUGCUGAUAUUACCCACCGUUGCAGUAACACCUCCUCCUGCUACACGUCCUUCAACCACGGGUGACCACGAGCCAGUACUUGUCACUGCAAGCACUGUUGAAAGCAGCUUCGAAACAAAAAGUACUCUGAGUACCGAAUUGGAUGUUGAGAACAAUCAGGACAGCCUAGAAGCAGCAGAACAAUCUAUCUUAAUAUACGUUGUCCCCCUUGUGCUGUUGGUCCUGCUGCUGAUGCUGAUCAUAUUUUUUGUAACGCACCAUAAAAGGAAAAAGUCUAAGCAAGAGGAGCUGGGAAGUGAAAAUGUGAAAAGUCCUAUUUUUGAAGAAGACACCCCCUCUGUUAUGGAGAUAGAAAUGGAAGAGCUUGAUAAAUGGAUGAACAGCAUGAACAAAAAUGCUGACUGUGAAUGUUUGCCUACUGUAAGAGAAGAAGAAAAGGAAUCAAUUGCCAACCCAAGGGCUUUGGCCAGAACUCCAAAAGCCCUCUUUAACUCCCGCUUUCUCUAA